AAUACCUACAAUCAUUCACAAAACCAAACCAAUGAAAUAUUAAGCAUUAAUGUAAUAAAUUUCCGACCUGUCCGGGGUAGAAUCAGGACCAAUUACAGGAAGGCGCACGGUUAUCAACCCCAGGAGAUAAAAUGGAGCUAUCCCAGGCCAGAUGUGAACUUGGUGAAGAUAAGCGACCAGCUGUUUUUGCCCCGAGGGAGCCUGGAAAGGAGAGAGGGGAGGGCUGUAUCUAUAAUGGGGUCGUCCAGGUAUAGAGCCGACUCCCAUGCAAAUAUCUCAACUCGACCCUUCCACGCAGUCAAGUGCAACGAAGCCCUGAGGCCGGUACUUCCAACAGCCUUGCACUUGAUAUGGACUGGCUGUACUAAAUAUGGCUGCCAAGAAGUUGACGAACAUCGACUACCGUUGGAGGCUCUGUCACCUGAGACCAAACAAUGGCUAACGGAGGACCCAUUGUUUCCUGAAAGCGCCAGCUCAUUGCUAGGCGGUCCUCGGGCGACCGCCUCCCUGCAUUUGUAUGGCGCCCAGCUGUGCGGAGCAUGUCGUCAUGUUCGGGAUCGAUUCGCUCCUUCAUGUUAUAAUUCAUUCAGUAGCGGUGUCCAGGGCAUGUAUUAG